AUGACUUGUAGUACGGCGGGUGUCAAGAGGAGUCGAAUCGGAACCGCCAUGCUGUCAUCCGCGGGAGGAGCAUCGUCUGCUGUUGAUGCGAUCGGCGCUACAUCUGUCUCGAGGCAUGCCGCGGAGAACAUCGUCGCCUCUUUGACGACUUUGUCACCGCCACAAGAGGAUGACGCAACAGAUCCAGCAGCAAAGGUUCUGCAGAACGAAGUAGACAUAGAAGAUGUGGACUCGACUUCUCUCCAGAAGCGCGAGAAGAAUAUAUGGAUUGUCGUCCGCGCAUUCACUCCGGC